UCCGAUCGGAAAAGAAGAGGAAUCUGCGAUGUUUGACCAAAAUGUCUAUACACUAUUGAAUUUGAAAAUAUUUCAGAGUUGACGAAUUAAUGGCUGCUAGGAUGCUUGCCUGCAAGAAGGAACCUUGACGCUAAUCUUUUAAUUACGAUGCAGACAACAGAGUGACAUUUUCUCGAGCGAAGUUUCAUCUCGGUCUUGCUCUGCCCACAGAAACGAUUUUACGAAAUCGCUGCAGCCAUGAGGGCAAGAUGGAAAAAUUUUAUGGCCGUUAUGUUCAUUUACUGCUUCAUUCAUUAUUCAUCAGCGGAGGAAAAUCGAGAUCUCAAUAAAGUAACUGACAACAAAGGCGCGAAGGCUGAAGCCCAGGACAUCACAAACGAAGAAGACAAAACCAAAAAUUCAAAAGGACAGACAUCAAAUACGAAUGCACAUUCAUCGCAGCUAACAAGCACAAAAUUGUUUACAAAAAGCACAGAAUCGACGGUGGCCUCAACAAGUCAUUUCAGUUCUGGAAGGGACAAUGGAAGACCCUCAACUGACGCCAUAGCAUUAUCAAAGGCGCAAAUGUCACACCAAUUUAUAGAAGCAAGCUUCACAAAGACUCCCAUCCGAGCUCUCCAAACAAGCCUAUCUGCAUCAAAACCAACUUAUUCUAUUAGUGCAUCUGCGUUUGCACCCAGUCCCCAACACAUCAAAUCAUCCCACCCACACAAUACAUUAACUGCAUCGCGAAAUCUUGUUUUUACGACGGUGCCAGUAGGCCAGAACUUGCACGUAACUUCAACGAACAUUCUGGAAAGUAGCAGUCGCAUUGCUAACUCUGUUGAACCGAAUUCAAAAUGGAAUGUAUUGCCUCGAUUUGCUUCCAGCAUGAACUCACAGUCAUUUGACUCCCGUGCUGAAUUGAUGUUAACUAGAAGUUUAAAUGGAUCCAUGACGAAUUAUAAUAUUGUUCAAGCAACUCAAUCUUACUAUGAGACAGCGAUCAAAAAGUCAGAUAAGACAGUUUCUGGCCCACAAACGCUUUCUCCUUCUUUAAGCGAUAUUUCAACAACAUGGCUGUCAAAGUCAUCAAUAGAAAUAUUGUCUUUACAAACGCGAUCAAAGGCUGAAAAAAGCCACUCUAGUACAAAUGAGGUGAAGCUGUCCAGUAGAGUUUGGGACAUUGAUACAAAGGCAAAUGGUAGCACCACGGACUCUACUGGUUCUUCUGCAAUGUAUCAUAACCUGAAUAACAGAUCAUCAACCAUCCAACAACCUCGUAAUAUCUCUUCAACUUACACACCAUUGAUUAAAAAUAUUGCAAGCUCCGUCAUGACUUCAAGAACAUCUGGACAGAGUAUUGCCAACCCUGUCAUGACUUCAAGAAUAAAUCCGGUCAGAACGAUCUCGUAUCAGACUUUCUAUCCGGACAGUAAUUCUUUUGCUCUGGAAAGUUGGUCCACCUCACUGACUCUUUCAACAACUAGUUGGUCCAUAGCUUCAUCCCCUCCAUCAGCAAUUGUAAAUACAUCCAAGACAAGCAGAAUGUUCGUGGAAGCAAUCACUGGUUCAUUGACACCAGACAAUGCUCCUUCUUCGGUGCUUCCACCAGCAUCAUACGAGCUAUUACCUUCAUCACCAAACGCUGAAUCUUUGAAUUCAACUCCUUCCUUGAGCAACGUUUCGACUCAGCUCCAGGCCAUUCAAUCUUCUUUCUUUCGAACAGGCUUGACAGCCAGUAUAAGUAAAGCCUCUGACGUCAGGAGCACAUACUCAAAAUUUUCAGGAAAUUAUUCGAAAAUAAUUUCCAACCAUGUCCCAAAAGUCUUGCAAACGAGCUCAGCGACGAGUACUGAAAAAUAUACCCUGAAUGCAUCACAUACCUCAACUUUUGUAUUGCCCAAUCCUUUAACAACAUCAAUCGGUCAACCAAGAGCAUCAUUGGUGGCUGCAAGUUCGCCAAUUUCAUCCACACUUUUCAGCGUAAAUCGAUCUACAAAAGCAAUCGUAAAUAGCGUAACGUCAGCUGUCGUAUAUUCGCCUUCGAAAACCUCGUUUUUUCCACGGAAUGUGACACCUACAUUAUCGUUUGUGACAACGAGCUAUUUUCCUAUGGCAACUUCCUCAUAUAGCAGUCAGCUUAUAGACACAGCUCGUCAUUCGGCUGUCACUCAGAUGACUUCAACUAGUAGAAAAUCAAGUCUGUCUAAGGUGAUUGGAGAGACUACGAUAUCCACCCAUGCUAGUAUUAUGCCAGUUAAUACAAGCAAGUCCCAAACGAUUAAGAGUGUGCGAUUCACUGCCAAUAUUGCACGGUCUGCUUCAACUGUUAACCUCGGUAGUUCAAGCCAACAUAGUUCAAAGCCGUCAUCCAAAACGACGAAAAGAUCCACUGUUAUCCAUGCGGCUACAUCAUCAUUUGCAAAAAGACAAAGCACGGUAACAAUGGACACUACGUCAAGGAUUUCGACGGCACUCACAACAGCAACAACCUCAACAGCAACAACAAUUAUAACAGCUUCCACAUUAACUCCAAGGACAACAUCGAAGACAAAAACAACAUGGCCACCAACAACUGAGGGUGAGCCAGUCACUGAUAAGAUGACUACGUCAAAACCAGUCUUUAUAGGGGUGCCAGAGAUUCACACUAAGAAAUUAGAUUCGUAUCCCACUGCCGUUAACAUUGAGUUUCAUGUUGUCUUCCCUGGGAUUCAGGAAGCAUACAAAUUGCAGAUCGUUGCUCAGAGACAUGGUCACCUCAUUUUUGGUGGCGCUGAUACAUUACGAACAUGGUAUGAAGUUCGCUAUUUCGAAGAUUAUAAAUACGACUCUUACGUUGCCGGCGAAUACAGGAAGAAAAGCCUGGUGCAUCGGUCGAAAUUCAAUUUUACAUUUGGCCAGGAAAUUCGCUGUGAGAAGGAACAGAUUCGCUAUGAGCAUUGUAACGGCCCUCUAGAGAAAGGCUCAUACAGGUUCCAGCUGCAGUACCAUGUUCAUGGAUCUAUACGAAAAUCUGCCUUCUCUAAAGUUUAUACAACAGCUGCUAUAAAGACCACUGCUGCAGACGACCAAUCGACGGGCCUAAAUCAAAGCAGCAUAACAAUCGCUGUGAUUGCCGUUCUCGCCAUUUUGCUUGUCCUCAUUAUUGUAAUCGCCAUCGUUCUUUAUCGACGAAAAAACAAUAACCAGUCCGAUCCGUACGGCGAAACUGAAGUUUCUGAAUGUACUUUGCUGACGUCAUUAAAGCGAACAUCAUCGUGUUCCAAGAGUUGUUAUGGAAGAGGAACGCUAGGUGGUGCAGAUUCAAGUGUUAUGUUGAAGCAUCUUACAAAAGGCAUGUCAAGGCCAGUGCAUCUCAAGGACUUUAUUUCAUGGGUGAAUCGGAGCCAAGCAGAUAGCGAUUUCCGCUUUGCAGAAGAAUUCGAGUCUAUCCGUGACGUUGGUAGAGAUCAAAGUCAUGAGGCUUCUGAUAUACCUGAAAAUAGAGGCAAAAACAGAUAUGUCAACGUUUUGGCAUAUGACAAAACUCGCGUAAAACUAUCUUACACAGAUGACGAAAUUGGCUCUGACUAUAUAAAUGCUAGUUACGUCCAUGGAUACAAGCACCCAAGAGCGUACAUCGCAACACAAGGCCCCCUUCCAGGAACAACUGAUGAUUUCUGGCGCAUGAUAUGGGAACAGAAUACAUUCAAUAUUGUCAUGGCAACACAGUGCAUGGAAAGAAAUCGGGUAAAGUGUCAUCAGUACUGGCCAGGUACACAACCUACCGCAUAUGGUGACAUCGUUGUCUCACUGCUAUCCGAAGUGGCCUAUCCAGACUGGAUUGAACGAGAAUUUCUGCUGGAGGUUGAGGACGAAGGCAGUCGUAAUAUAAAACAUUUCCAAUACGUGGCCUGGCCUGACCAUGGUGUACCAAAAAAUGCAUCAACGGUCCUUGAUUUUAUACACACUGUUCGUUCGCAUAUUUUACCCAGACAAGGUCCCUUGGUGGUACACUGCAGUGCUGGAGUUGGUAGGACGGGAACUUUAAUCGCCAUCGACAUUAUAAUGGAUCGACUGCAAGAUGAAGAUACAAUCGAUGUGUACUUGACUCUGUGCAUGAUGAGAAUUCAGCGUUGUAACAUGGUCCAAACUGAGGACCAGUACAUAUUUAUUCAUCGAGUAAUCGUUGACUAUCUGCGAAGCAGAGACCCAGCCUUGCCUUUCAAAGGCUACUCUUUACUUCCGAAAAACGAAAAUGAGGAAGGAGAAAUUGACCCCGACUCUGAUUCUCCUACUGCAAAUCGAGAUUCAGGCCUGGCAUUGCUCCUUAGCGAAUAUGACACUGAGCGAGCUGAAGACGCCGUCGAAUCAGUAGCAUAAUGAACAACGCAAGUGGUCUGGAUGCGACCGAGCUCUUGACGUCAUCGCCACAAACCUUUGGUGUCCUGUUUCUCAAAGGUUAGUGCUGAUAUUAGCUUUGUUGGCGAUGUUGUUGUUGUUAUUUCUCUAUCUGCUUUUUGGGCAAUGUAAACAAAUUUUGUUGGAGUUUUUAUGGCGCAUGCGAACAAAUUUCGACUGUAUGGUUGGUUGGACUAUCAGCACCGUGAAGGACAUACUUCUGCAAGGAAAAAGAAUAGUUUGUUGAGAAAUGCCGUCAGGAUCAAAUGCAAUUCAGCUUGCAACAUGUGAUGAUGCUACAACAGCGGCCAUUUUGGUUCCACCCUACCAUGAUGCUAACACUUGACAUGCAGUGGGUCUUAAAUUGAGUCAUUACUCACAUUUAUUUAAUAGACUGCAACGUUUAAUUCGUGCUUUAAAUUUAUACGUGUUUGCGUAUGUGGUGUCAAGUUAUUAUGAAAUAAAUGUAUUGAAACUUUCAUAAUUCUUGCCUAAUCAAAACAGAUUUCUCCUUCGAGCGAAAUCACUCUUAAAUUAGGCCAGCCCCAGUUUAUAAAAAUCGGGGAUUAUUUUUACAAAUAUUGACUUGGUUCCGCAAGCUAGUUUGAAAUUCUAUCAUUGUACAUAUCGUGUUGAAAUUGUAGAGAAGUAUAGUCUUUUAUACUUUUAUAAAAAAGAGAGUCAACAAAUAGCAUUUGUAAGUUUUUACUGACAAGGAACUUGUAUUUAAAAUUAUUAGCAACUGUAAAAGUAAAACGUCUGAAUUGAUGAUUAUUUGUAUUUAGUUCUGUUUUUGUUUUCUCAGCUAAAUCGGCAAUUUUAAAUGAUAAUUAUAAACAUAAGACUUAACUUUUUAUGUUUGAAUUUAAAUAAUAAGUGUUUAGAUGUCUAGAUGCAAGUCCAGAGAUGCAAGUCAAAAAAUCCUUAACCCUUCCUCUGGUCGAUACUCCUAAGUUUUGAAACCUUUCUCACAAAAACCAAUGUGUCAGUUAUGUUUCCACGUUGCCCGAGUAUUUAAAUAUUUUAACUAAAAGUGUCAAAAAGGAAUUCUAAAAAUAUGACGAUUCCAGCCCCAUUAUCGAGUAGCAAUCAAUUCUUUAUUCAAACUUCGUAGCAUCUUUUGGUGUAAGCAUUUCAUUUAACAUUUUAGAUUCCAAAUUAAUUUUCACUUCUUUUAAACACGGACUUUAAGAUAUAGAUUUUGAGUGAUAUAGAUUCUAAGUUUAAGCCAUUCUACGAUUUACGUAUUUAAUUUUUGCAUUUUUAUAUGGUUGCAAUAAAUAUUAUUCCUAGAGGAGUUCUGUUUGUUUAUAAAACAGUUUUGUCUAAUUUAUUUCUACUUAUAAAGCUUACUUCAUUCAAAAUAUUCUUUGACAUUCUUUACCACAUGUGUUAGUAUAUAUGUGCUCGCGUUCUUGUAUUUCAGUCUUUGUGUUCUAUCAAUUUGUAAUGAUUCUCCAGUAUUUAUACAUCUUGUUAUUGUAUUCAGUACAACCCAGUGUAUAUUUUCUAGACUUCAAUUUAAAUUUUGAUAGAUUUAUCAACAUUCAGAUCGAACGCUUGUAAGUACCGUUAAAAUUUGCGGAUAACUCUUUCUUGUACUCCAAGUUGUAAUUUCAUGAAUUCUGUUACUUGCUUCGGGAGUUUCGUUAUCGUCGCCUUUUCCUGCCACCUUAACCAGCAUUACAAGAUAGAAGGAGCUUCUUUGAGCGGAAUAAACGUCAAUCACGUGAGAAGUUAAAUAUCAAUGAUUGGUCAAGGCAAGGUCAGUUAAAGACUCAUUGCUAACAAUGAGCCUUUGCGACGACCCAAGCAAUGGCGGUAAACUUCUACGGUUUAACCAAAUUUGUUUUUAGACUGUCUGACAAUGCAUUAUGGGAUGCUUGCGUAGCGCAGAUCUUCAAACAUUGUCAAUAUUUUUGUGGAUUAUUUUCCACUUAGCCUAUUUCUUUCCAUAGCUUUAAAGUGUGGAAGAUAUGAGUAAGGAUUAAAGGAACAUUUUUCAGUCAUUUAGAGUCGAGUAAACGCUGAGCUAUCUUCUGGAGAAACCUGAUUCUUAAAACCCCCUUUAUUUUGAUGGUUUAAUGCCUUUUUAGUUCGUUGGAAAAGGGAAGUGUCCCGCCUCUCUUUCAUUUAUCUUUACUGUUCAUUAUGAGUCUGCUUGUCUCUGGGAGAAUCCAUGUAAUUUGAAUUCUUUUAGCAGAAUCAAUUGAUUUUUUAAAUAUUUAUGUAAAGCAGUGAAUAUCUUUUAGUCGUUAAUUGUCAUUUUGGCUCACUUGAGUAUUCUAAUGGUUAGAUCUCAAAAGUUGCAGGCAAAAAUGAUAGUUGUACCUUUGUGAAGCAAAAAUCGAUCACCUUGUGACUGAAAGCUUUUCUCCCCCCGAAACCGCAAUAUUUCCUUGGCAACAUCAUUUCGCUAUUUGAGGGGCUGAACAAAUCCCCAUUACUUAUGACAUAAAUCCCUGUGCUUCGCUAGAAAUCUCUAUGAAAUCUUUGAUAUCCUAUUCAUCUUUUAUGGAAGUCAUUUGCUUGUGAGAUACGAACCUUGAACCUAUUUUAGUAUUUCCCCAAACUCUGAAUAGUAAUGAAUACUUUAUAAAAUAUCACUUCCUAGCGUAGAGUUUUCGGUCUAUGUUCUGACGUUGUAAACUCUGAAGAGUGUCAGACGUAAAGCUUUAGUUUACUAAAUGUUUGCUUUUUUCAAAGCCACUUUAUAAAAUAAUAUGAAACAGUAUGUAGCAUGGCCUAUUCUUAGUGAUUUUCAAUUUAUAAAAUUUCGCAUAAAAUAUCACUUUUUUGAUAAUCAUGGCAUGUUCCUGAUAUCUGAUAGGUUGAAUGGAAUAGCAAUCUGUGUUCUUAGAUUUAUUGAGGCAAGUUAUUUCCAAGAAGCUAUCGAUGAACAGGACAUUUUCAUUGCUUGCAUUGUAUUUGAUACAAUUCUCGUAUAACAGGACCGUAGGGAGGAUAGGGUUACUGGGGAGGGGGGGCACCCCGUUGUUUGAGAAUAAAGAGCAGAAGAGGUGGGUCUUAUAAAACCAGUGAUAUUUAAUGUUUUGAGUGUCAUAAGUCCCUACAAUAACAAUAGUAGCUAGGGCCCUGACUAGCAAAACCGAAUUUCAACCUACAUCCUUGGACAGACCAUAUUCAAAGUUCUAACCGCCUGCCCCAGUUUAUGUUAAUUUCUCUACUAUUAAAAUGCACAAAUUCAAAAUUAUUGGAGUGAUACACAGCUUGGCACUCACUUGCAGGGGCUUGUCCCAAAAGUUGUGGCUCGGAUUUCAGGUACACUAAAACAUGCUCAAUAUAGAGAUACUAAAUUCCCUUUUUUAGGUCCAGGAUUUUACCAACAAUGCAGUUCACUUUACACCUUGUUAAGCAUGAUUUAUUGGAACGAUCGUGAAUUCAGUUGACGUUAUGAAAAACACUUCUUAAAUAUUGUUUUAUUCGUAACUCAUAGUGGGUGGAAGAAACCGCAGAAUGGGCAUUCGAAAUGUAGAAAGGGUGCGAUAAUGGGCUUUUCCUGGCUCGGUGUAAUGUGAGUUCAGUGUGCGAAAUGUUUAUUAGUUGUUAAAUAUGUGGUAAUGUCAAGAAUUUAUGAGAUAAAAAGGGCGAAUACAGAAAUGAGGUCUUCGGAGUUUUCUAUGUGUCAAUAAUUCCAUCUGAAUUUUCCAAUUAAAUCGAUGCUCAGUAAGUGUGUGAUUACAUAUGAAAUGUAUUUAGAACGCUUUAUAUUAUGAUUUAUUUUUGGGAAGUUUCAAUUUAAUAUGAUAUGUUAAUUUUGUAUUUGUUUUCUAUCUUUUUUACCGAAGGUAGCCAUUCGAUCAAAGGAUUGUUUAAUUUGAAACGGGGACGCCGGAAUAACCAAAGGGUAGGGAGCUGGCUUCAAUAAAAGGACAUUUGAAAAGUAAUUCUUAAUAAAUUUUGUAACUGUCACUUUAUUUUCGUUUUUUGUUGGCAUCUUAAAGCUGGGCUAACCGCUGUCAUAAGAAUUUUCUACAAAUUUUGAGAAAUUGCAUCAUGAAUAAGGAACUUCAAUCAGGAUGUCAUAUAGAUCUCUUUGAUAAUUGCAAAAAGCCGAUGUCAGGGGCAUUUUUAUGAAAAAGUCUCUUUGACUCCUUUACCUCUCCUAUCAAUGGGCAAGAGGGGUGGCUGCCU